AUGACUUCUCACGCUGGUCUACAGAAUGUCCUGAAUUUUCGUGAUGUCGGUAAGACGGUCAAUGAUUUCUUGGGUACAAGACGAAUUCGUGAGGGCUUGUUCUACCGUUCAGCAAGACCAGAUGAUGCCACCCUUUCAGACAGACAACUUAUCAGGGAUGGUCUUGGCGUCAAGACCAUCAUUGACCUAAGAACCAAAACUGAACACCUCAACCAAGCCAAGAGACGCAAAGAGCAAUCCAGUAUUCCUGCACUCGUCAAGUCUAAUGAAGCUCUUGCUGAGCCACUCCAAAUCUCUGGUCUGAACUAUCGAGACGUCAAAAUCACAGGCCGCCCGUUCGAGCUGUUUCUUCUGAGUCAGUUAUCAUGGUGGGAUUUUUUUCGCGUUGUUUUUCUCUUUCUAUGUGGCUAUCGUACUGAAGCCAUAAAUAUCAUCGGAGAGAAAGUUAUGAUCCCACGUGGGCUUGUAGGACUGGGUUUAGAUACGCUCGACCAGUCCACCAAGGAGAUUCACGAGGCCUUGUCUCUCUAUGCUGCCCCAUCAGCUCUCCCUUCCAUUGUUCAUUGCACCCAAGGCAAAGACCGAACAGGCCUCAUCUGUGCUUUGGUGCUCAUGAUCCUGGACGUGCCUAUCUCCGCCAUCGAGUACGAUUAUGGGCUCAGCGAUGAGGCACUUAUUCCCGAGAGAGAACAGCGUCUUAUUGAGAUUCGAGAAAUUGGCUUGACGAAUGAAUGGCUCCACACCGCUGAUGAUAUGAUUGUUGGCCUUCAAAAACACCUUGACGCCAAAUAUGGUGGGCUCAAUGCGUACCUAGAUGGCAUCGGAUUUGGUUCUGAUGAUCGAGCCAAGCUACAGGAUGUCUUGCUUUACUAA